GGCAACCUCCCCUCCCUCGGCCCUGGCCCAUCUCGCUGCCGAGCCCCCCAACCCCGUCGCUCCAUCGCUCGUCUUCCUCCUCGAGCGAGCGCCGCCACCCCUCCCGUUGCCGAGCGCCCCAGCCCCGUAGCUCGUCUCCCUCCUCGAGCUAGCGCCGCCACCCCUCCCUCCCCAUCCCACUGCCGAGCGUACCAGCGCCCCCGCUCCGUCACUCGACUUCCUCCUCGCGCCAGCGCCCGCCACCUGGUUGAUCUCUCUGAUUCUCUCGUUCCCGGCCGUUUCUCCUCCCAUCACCUCACGAAUGAAUUACGCCCUUUAGCCCCCCGUUUCAUCUCCUUAAUCACCCCCAAUUCGUAACUGAGGCAAAAAUCAAGGUAGGGCGACCGCCCUACCUGGUCCUCCGCCCGUGCCUGGCACCGAGGACCGGCGGCAGGAUGAAUGCAGCUAUAGUCGAUCCUUUGCAAGGGGAUUUUCCAGAGACCAUUGAGGAGUUCUUGCAGCAUGGGAAUAUGAAAUGCAUUGCGUUCAAUCGCAGGGGAACUCUCCUUGCUGCUGGAUGUGCAAAUGGUAGCUGUAUUAUCUGGGACUUUGAAACAAGGGGACUUGCAAGAGAAUUUCGUGAUAAAGACUGUACUGCACCUAUAACUAGUGUCUCCUGGUCUAAAUACGGUCACCGUUUGCUUGCCUCUGCUACUGAUAGGUCAUUGACACUUUGGAAUGUGGAAACUGGGGAAAAGAUUUCCCGCAUAACUCUUCAGCAGACUCCAUUGCAUGCCUGUCUUCAUCCUGGUUCAUCCACACCGUCUGUUUGUUUAGCAUGUCCUCUCUCUUCUGCGCCUAUUCUUGUUGAUUUAAAUACCGGGAGUACCAUAGUUCUUCCAGUUUCUGCAUCUAAUAAUGGUAAUGCUCCCGCGUCUAGUUCACGUGGUAAGUUUUCGGAUGGUUCUCCACCUUUUACACCAACUGCUGCAACGUUUGAUAAGUAUGGAGACCUGAUUUAUGUGGGCAAUUCCAAGGGAGAGAUACUAAUUGUAGAUUCAAAAAGCAUCCAAGUACAUGCGGUAAUUCCCAUCCCAGGUGGAACAGUAGUUAAGGAUAUUGUUUUCAGCAGGGGUGGCCAAUAUCUACUCACAAACUCCAAUGAUAGGGUCAUUAGAGUCUAUGAGAAUAUUCUGCCAAUUAAAGGUUCUGGCAAGGAGAUUGAAAAAAUAAUCACCAACAACAAAAAUGACUAUGUAAGUCCGUAUGAGAAGCUAAAAGCAAAUGGUGCACGCUGCCUAGUUUUUUCCUGUGAAGUCUCAGAUGCCAUCUCAAAGGUACAGUGGAAGGCACCAUGUUUCAGUGGUGAUGCUGAAUGGAUUGUUGGUGCUUCUGCAAACAAAGGAGAGCACAGGCUGCACAUAUGGAGCCGGGCUGGGCGUCUUAUAAAGAUCCUUGAAGGUCCAAAGGAAGCUCUCAUUGAUCUCGCUUGGCAUCCGUUUGAUCCUUCAAUCGCAUCAGUAUCUGUGGCAGGAUUAAUAUACAUCUGGGCCAAGGAACAUGUAGAAAAUUGGAGUGCCUUCGCUCCUGAUUUCGAAGAACUAGAAGAAAAUGUGGAAUAUAUAGAAAAAGAGGAUGAGUUUGACAUAAAUGCUUAUACAGAAAAGGCUAAAAAAACAGGGAUAAAUGAGGAUGCAGAUAUUGAUAUUGAGACUAAGGAGAAGAACUCAUCAUUCAGUGAUUUGGAGGACGAUUCAGUGGAUGAGAUCAUCUACUUGCCUGCUAUUCCUUCACCAGACACUCCUGAUGAGCAGCCAGAUAAAUGCCUAGUAAGCUCAUCAAAGUUGGAGGACAGCAAUCAUUCUGGUUCCCCAUCGUCGAUGGAUGCUGUACAGAAUGGUCAAACCAUCCCACCAGCAUCUAGCCCACUAGAAGUUGAUAAUUCCACAGCCGAAGAGCCGGCAGAAGCGGCAAACUCAAAGAGGAAGAGGAAGCUUUCAGCCAAGGGGCUCGAGAUGCAGCAAGCUGAAAAGGUGAAAAAACCAGCAAUAAAGAUUUCCAAUGGCAAGUCAUCGAAAUCCAAGAGCAAGCAGGUGGAACUUCCCAAUGGGAACAGCUCACCCGCUGACGUCGACAUCGACGACGAAGCUACUGAGGAUGAUGAGAUCUAACUUCUAAGUAUUUCAUAUGUUCGACAUUGGAUGCUGGCUUUUAAUUCCAUGGUGCCCCAACCGAAAACAACGGCUAGGCCAUAGAAGAAGGAGACUGUUUUAGUGUUUCCCCAGAAAGAAGACAAUCUGUGUGUUAUGCCGAGACAUGGUUUUUAGUGUUUCCCCAUAUGUGGUGUAUGUGAACUUCAGUUCUGAAGUUUCUUUUCUCUUCUUCCAACUCAACCUUCAUAAAUCUGAUACUAUUUAGAAAUGGUUUGACAUGCCCCAGGUUAAGCGUUAUUCCUCGAUGUCAUUGCCAGAGUUGGUCUUAC